AUGGCGGCCAGAAGCGGAAAACAUCUUAUCCAAGUUUUGUUGCAAGCCAGCGAAAAAUCGGCUAAAAUCGCCCGUGCUUGGCGCUGCCAAGAAGAACUAUUCGAGCUGAUGGUUGAGGAAAAAGAAGAAAAGGAGAAAAACAGUCGAUUUGUGCACGAUUUCAAGACGCUAGCCGAUGUUCUUGUCCAAGAGGUUGUCAAACAUGAUGUCAUCCAGGAGGUACCAAACAUUCGGUUCAUUUGAUUACUAUUCAGUUAAACUGACGUGAGUCUUAUGAUACUUACAGGACAUCGCGGAAAAUCUUGACAUUUACGGGUAGAUUUGGGUAGAUAAAGUGUUAAAGCUUAAAUUAAUCCGAAUCAAUAUACGCUUUAGUAAUCCGGUUAGAGUUAAUAGCGAUAAGCUUAAACGUUAAAGGGCGUCGACAGACCUCUAUAGGAUCAACUCCUAUUGCCCUCUCCUUAACCAUUUAAUCCGAUUCAGAUUUAGGCCAUUCCCCCUUUUUAUUCUCCAUUUACCAUCGUCCGACCGACCCAAAUUUUUGGUAUUUUCAAAAAAAAGUAACGACGUUGUUAAACCUUUUUUCACUUUAAUUAAUUCUUUUAAAUCUGAAAAAUGAUUAUAGUAACAGCAUCCCGGGGGGUGGACUCCCAUAUGAAACAGACGGGGAUGCUCGUCGGAAAUUUUGAAUUUAACCCCUAAAGGAGACCUUCUGGGCGUGGCUCAAGCUUUUUGUGACCCCUAAAGCAGACCAAUCUGGGCGUGGCUUAAGCAAAUUUUGACCCCUAAAAGAGACCGCUUAAAAACACACAAAUACGACAUGCAAUGAGUUUUAAUGAUAUAAAGCAGGAGCCUAACAUAAUCAUCAAAUCCUUUUAUUUAAUAGUAGUUUUUAAAAGCAUUGUCAUAAAUCUUAAGUUCUUUGCGGAACCCUAAACGAGACCGUGGCGGCUUAAAAUAUUGGCGCUUUGCCUGGAACACCCUAAGCGAGACCAAAUCCAAAAUUUACACCCCUAAGCGAGACGACAAGCAUCCCCGUCUGUUUCAUAUGGGAGUCCCCCCCCCCGGAACAGCAUAGAGAGAAAAGGGAACAUUAUUUUUAUAUUUUCUUUGCAUUUUUUAAUCCUAAUAAGUAAAUAGUAUUAAACUUUUUUGUCUAGGGCAGGGGGAGGGACUGCUUUGACAUUUGACAGGCAGGGUUUUCAUUAAGAAUUCUAGUGGCGGGAGAAAGGUGUAAUGUUGCGGGAGAAUAUUUUUAAAGAGGCUUUACAUCUGAGUAAAAAAUAGUCAUAGGCUAUUGACCGUUAGCUGGAGAAUUCCACAUAGUAAACAGAGAAUUCUCCAAUCUCCGAUGCCUAAUGAACACCCUGAAUAUAUGAAUUAAUAAUAUCAAACUGAUAAUAUAUCAGUGAUCACUGUAGUUAAAGACACAGCUUAUGCAGUUGCAAAAAGAAAGCCUUAGAAAAAUCAAGCUUUCUUUUCACGCUUUUUUCGCAACUACAUAAGUUGGGUCUUUAACUGUGAUGAUUUUUAAUUCUUUACAUUCGUCAUUUUUGUUAUUGUAAAUUUUAUCAUUCUGUCAUACACUAUUCAUUAAUAGUCAUCCUUCUUAAUUUUAGUUUCCUCAGCUCAGUGGCUUUAUCUUUGGCGAGGAAUCAAACAAAUUCACAAACAGCACUGGUGAGGAAAUCAUAAUAACUGUGAAAGAAGAUUCAUCUGCAACAGCUAAUCAUCUGGUAGAAGUUCUUUGUGGAAAUGAGAGGGCUGCGCAUUUGUUGGCGGGUUUGAUUCACAAUGAUGCUGCACUGGAAGUAAAUGAAAUGCAGGUCCUUGAAGAUAAGCUAGAUUUUGAGCUGCCUCUUGAGAAGCUUGCCAUCUGGAUUGAUCCAAUUGGUAAUAUUCCUUCGCUUAAAUUGUUUUAGAUUCAGCAGAGAGAGAAGAAGGGUAAUUUUCCACUGGCUGACGUUAACAAAAUAAGUGAAAACUGUUUUUCUCACACACAGCUGGGGGCCUGGGUAUAGGUCAUGUUACCGAAAGGCCUGGGUUUGGGUCAUGUGACCAAAAGGCAGGCAGUUGCUUUCGUUGUGUCCACCAUUUCUGACCUGACCCCUACCCACCCACCCAAAGAUUUCAGUUUUUUCAGCUGUUUAAACCUAAUGUGCAACUUUGUAAUUUUGUUAUUGUCCCACAUUUCUAGGGUAUGCAGUGUGUACAUUUUUAUGAAUUUGAAAUAAAGGUCAGGCUGUGGCGGUGGGCUUGGCAUGGCUACCAGUGGUGUGAGAGAAGUUGUACUUUGCCUGUAAGGAACAACAAGUUGUCUUCUAGAGGGUCCAGGGUCUAUUUGAUUAUCAUACACGGAAAAAUUAGUUGUGUUCCUUGCAAAGUUAUACUAAUGUGAGGUUAUACUAAGAGGCCAUUGACAUAUUCUUUUUUUCCCGCUUAACAUCAACUGGACAUUUAGUGGGGGAGGGGGUAAGGGAGUGGACAUAAGUGCGGGGCAUUUUGGACAAAAGCAAACUGAUGCAUUUUCAUAAAUUUUAGGUCACAAGCGGAACGGUGCUCGUGACAUUAUUUAAGAGGAAGCAGGACCAUUUGUACAGUUUACAUUGUGAUCUUUUGAACUCUAUCCAAAAUCACCAAUAAAUUUUUACGAUAUUUUUAUACCAAAAAUUAUGGUUACCAUAGUUUGCUGAUAUUGUAAAUACAUUUGUGAACACAACUGGAACCCUUUUUCAAUACAUACUUUCAAAACAUGGCGGCCAUGAACCAGCGAUUCUGGCAGGAAAACGCGGUUAUGCAGAUUUUGCAAGAAUUUUACAGGUUGGAGCAUUGUGCAGUAAAUUGUGUUGAUACCGUUGACAUCUUCACGCAAGUGCAUGUCAGUAUUCAUCUGGAAUGCAGUGACAUUUGGGGCAACAAACUUUCAAGUGGACAUUAAAGAGGGGGUAGGAGGGGGGGGUCUGACCUAAAUGUCCAGCUGAUGUUAAGCAGUUGUAUAAGUCUUAGCAUUGUAUAUAAGCACUAUCAUCCAAUGUUAAUCCCUUUCAAAAUGCCAGAUGUUAGCAGUCCCCAGAUUACAUUCAGUGGAAAGUUGCCAGUCUUUUUUAACUUUCAAUAAUUUGUUAUUUUUACUCAAAGAAAUGACAGUUAUUUUUUUAACAGUUGUGGCACAUGAGCAAGUGAUGUAAGGUUCAGAUCUAUCUAAUCUCUCCCCCAGACCUAUGCCAUGUUUAUUUUGCUUGAAAUCUGUUAGUUUGUUUGUUUCACUUUGUUUGUUAAUGCUGCACUUCUUUAACUUUACAGAUUGUACAUCACAGUACAUGUCCAAUUCUUCUCCACGAGAGGUUGAUGGUGUUGUAGUUUCAGGGCUACCCUGUGCUACUGUUCUUAUUGGUGUGUUUCAUCGGGAAACUGGUGACCCUGUGGCUGGUGUCAUCAAUCAACCAUUUUCAGUGUUGACUAAAGACAGCCAAAAUAAUAACAAGUGGACAGGAAGAAGGCUUUGGGGAGUGUCAUAUCAUGAGCACCUUUGUAAUUUCCUGGGAAACACAGAUCACAGAUCAUGUCAAGGUGAAAGAGAUCUAGAUGCUACUGCCCUCAGAAUAGCUAUAAGUGGAAGUGAACGGGAGGAAAUAAAAACCUCUCUUUCAUCCUCCGGUGCUAAACUUUUUACAAUUUCGGGUGUUGGUCACAAGCUUCUUAAUGUGAUUGACGGUAAUGUAGAUUUCUAUAUUCUUUCCCAUGCCACCUCCUUCAAGUGGGACACUUGUGCCGCGCAUGCAAUUCUUUGUUCCAUGGGGGGUGGUAUGGUAACUUACAGUCAGGCUCUUUCAUUGAGAUCAGCAAGAAAGGAAGUUGAUAAAACGAGUUUAAAUAAUUGCAAAAUAAGUUACCACACACCGGAUAAUAAACAAGGGAAAGAAUGGAGCAAUACCAAUGGAGUGAUUGCUUUCCAUUCUUUUGAAAAAGUUUUCAAACUCUUGGAAUAUUUGAAGUAAAGAAACCACCAUUUGCAUUUUGACGAUAAGAUGCUAAAGAUUAGAUGUUAUUUCAAAGAAGAAAAUUAGAGGGGGUUGCAGAAAAACCAGAAGAGGUAUUUUCAGUUAGCUAUUUAUUUCCAUUAUCACAUGUACAUUAUAAUUUUUUAUCUGAAUAUCAUAGAGUUUUAGUUAUAUUUAAUUUAUUACCAGUAAAUUAUGCAUCAGGCAACCUCAUGAUCUUUGGGGCAAACAAAAAUGGUAAAUUCCCUGUGCCAGCUGGAAUGAGACCACAGGUGAUAAUUUACCAAAUGAGAGUCAUUGUUGCAUUGUUUGUUGUAGUUUAUGUCUGUAAGGAAUUCGUGCACAUUUUAGGGGUUGUAGAUGGCAAUUUCAUAUUUGUGAUUCUUGGAAACUUUUGAUUCAUUCCAAAAAUCUUGGACACACUGUAACAAGUUACAAAGCCUUGUGUUUUGUUUGUGUGUCUUUAUAACUUCAGAAUAUGAAGCAAUGUGUCCAGUUUUUUUUUACACAAGAGUCUUGGUGACUUGGCCAGUCUAGUUUACCAGUCUCUUUCCUCAUUUUGUCAUACCUGUUUAUACUGUAUCAUAGCAACAACAAUAACAAUAAUCUUUAUUUACUCACACGUAGAUCGAUAAUGAAUUACAAAAAAUUAAUAGUUAUUUAUGUGGGCUUUAAUUCAAGUAAAUUAAAUGGAAAAUAGCAAAGGGGUAUUAUCAUUAAUGAAUAUAAAUAAAUUGAAUAAAUAAAUAAGUCAAUUUCAUUCUUGAAGCCUAUAGGCUGGGGGAAUUGGAAGAUUUUGAGUUUAAGACGCCCCUAACAGCUGUUUAAGGUUAAUUAUUGUAAAAAACAGAAAGAAGGAGGUAAAUGAUACCUAGUGAUGUUGUAAUAACAGUAGAGUUGUUGAAUUACUAAGAGUAUUGCCGUGGCAUUAAAUAAUGCAAUUCUCUGGCAGUAGAAAAUGUACUGUAUAUAAGGAGAUAAACCACCAGCUAGCUUGGCUAUAUAAAGUAAAUACAUAUAAUUUAUAACAGACCCUUUCACCAUUUUUUCAACAUCUGGGCCCAGUUAUUCGAACGCCGGUUAACGCUAACCCAAGGGUUAAAUUUUAACCCGGGUUCUUUAUCUUUUUGUCAAAAGCACUCUCUCGGAUAAUUUUCUCUUUUCUUUUUAGAGUAUCCAAUCAUCAAAUUGUAGGCAAAGAGAAUUAAACUGAAUUUGCUUUUUAAGCCCUCAUAUCUGAGUUCAAAUUUUGCACUAACCGUGGGUUAUCUUAACCCAGCUUCGAACAACCUGGCCCUGACUGGUUCCACUCAGCGAAAAAUCCACCAACACAGCUGGUAAGAAUGCCUUCAAAUUUCUAAAAUUGCCAAGUUUGAUAGUGGUUUGUUGAAAACUAAUGACGAUAUAGCCCCCAGAGGUGUGAAAUUUUUAGACUGCAAAACAGUCCGUAUUUUUGCGUAUUCAAGUACGCGUGAGCAGUCAAACAAAAGGUCUUGAAUGAGGCUGAAAACAGAUAGCGAGACUGGGGAGAGAUGCUAGUGAUUUUUUUCCUCUCGACGGGCGUGUGAGGCUUGCGCACUUCACGUGCGUAAGACUCUUACGCCACGCUUUACCGAUUUCUUUACUGAUUUUGAGAAAAAAAAAACGACUUUUUUGCAGUCUAUGAAAUUUUAGACAUUUGUAUGGCAGGGGGCACAAACUUGUGGAGCAAUAUCUUUCACUCUCUUUGGACAAAUCACCUUUAAACUUGGUAAGUUACCUUACUUUAAGGUGUUCGUUGUAGCAGUGUCAAUGGAUAUUCGCUUACUGCUCUUUACCAAAAGUUGAAAAAAAAUGUGAAAGAUUUUAUUCAGGAACAACGAAAACAACUACAAAAUUAUUUUGUUGGCAUUCCUAUUUUUGGAUAGAAUGCCAGAGCAAAAUUAUUAUUAAUUUUAACAGUUAUAUGAACAACUGAGAAUUAUUGAUAAUAGGUAGUAGGUUAUGACUGUAGUAAUUUUUUAAUCUUAAAAUCCAUAUUAAUGUGAUAUUAUUGAAGAAAAAGAUGAUUGAGCAAUAAUUAUUAUUGGUAAAUGUAGUUCCUUAUAACUAGAUAAAGCAUAUGCAUUAAGCUGUCUGCAUUUUAUCAAGUGAGGGAAUCUUAUAUCUUGUAAGUGCCUGUG